AUGUCAUCAAUAGAAAAUCUGAGAACAUUUGACCCCUUCGCCGAAGCCGAUGAAGACACCGGAGAGAUCAAACAGUCGCAAAAUUACAUUCACAUUCGUAUUCAGCAGCGGAAUGGUCGCAAGACUUUAACGACUGUCCAAGGCCUGCCCAAGAAAUUCGACCAGAAGAAAAUAUUAAAGGUUAUAAAAAAGAAAUUCGCUUGUAAUGGCACCAUUGUUGUUGAUACUGAGAUGGGAGAGGUAAUUCAACUCCAAGGUGAUCAACGAAAGGACGUACAAGAGUUCCUUACAGACAAGAAAGAAGGUUUAGAACUUGAUCUCAAGACCAUUAAGGUUCGUCUCCUUUCGAGGAAUUAUAAAUUAAUCACCAACGCCUCUAGGUUCAUGGGUUUUAAUUACCACGAAUGUACCACCAAACAUCACUUCGGGGAGUCUCGAUAG